ACUUUGAAUCCUUUUGGGAAGGGAAGGACAAAGCCUCUCCCGCGCCUGCCAGCCUGGGGAGUUUUCACCCGUCCCUCCUCUUACUCUCUCUGACGCUGAGAAAGCGGCCGCUAUUGUUCUCCCAUUUCUCGGAGACGGAAAGAAAGGCUGCCAUUUGCCCAGGGUCACACGGUUGAGGUCUUAGCUGGGAAUCCAGCCCGGGCUGUGUGUGGUCACUCAGCAGAGGUUGGCCUGUGACCUGCAGCCCUCCCCGCCUCUCAACUGGAAGCCCUCCUUGGGGUCUUGAGUAUGACGGAUGAUCGGGCACACUGGCGAAAGGGGACUUGUUCCCGGUGAAGGAGUCUUCAAAUGCCCUGAGGACCAGCUUCCUCUGGACUAUGCCAAGAUCUACCCAGACCCAGAGCUGGAGGUCCAAGUGUUAGGUUUGCCUAUCCGCUGCAUCCAUAGUGAGGAGGGCUGCCGCUGGAGCGGGCCGCUUCGCCACCUCCAGGGCCACUUGAACACUUGCAGCUUCAAUGUAGUCCCCUGCCCUAAUCGCUGCCCAGCCAAGCUGAGCCGGCGUGAUCUGCCUGCCCACUUGCAGCACGACUGCCCUAAGCGCCGCCUCAAGUGUGAAUUCUGUGGCUGUGACUUCAGUGGAGAGGCCUACGAGAGUCACGAGGGCAUGUGCCCCCAGGAGAGUGUAUACUGUGAGAACAAGUGUGGUGCCCGCAUGAUGAGGCGACUGUUGGCCCAGCAUGCUACUUCUGAGUGCCCCAAGCGCACCCAGCCUUGUGCCUACUGUACCAAGGAGUUUGUUUUUGACACCAUUCAGAGCCAUCAGUACCAGUGCCCGCGGUUGCCUGUUCCUUGCCCGAACCAGUGUGGCGUGGGCACCGUGGCUCGGGAGGACCUGCCCAGCCACCUGAAGGAUAGCUGCAGUACUGCAUUGGUGCUCUGCCCUUUCAAGGAGUCCGGCUGUAAGCACAGGUGCCCUAAACUGGCAAUGGCACGUCACGUGGAGGAGAGUGUAAAGCCGCAUCUGGCUAUGAUGUGUGCCCUGGUGAGCCGGCAGCGGCAAGAGCUGCAGGAGCUGCGAAGAGAGCUGGAGGAGCUGUCCAUAGGCAGUGAUGGCGUGCUCAUCUGGAAGAUCGGCAGCUAUGGGCGCCGUCUCCAAGAGGCCAAGGCCAAGCCUAACCUGGAGUGCUUCAGCCCAGCCUUUUACACACAUAAGUACGGUUACAAGCUGCAGGUGUCUGCGUUCCUCAACGGCAACGGCAGCGGUGAGGGCACGCAUCUCUCCAUCUAUAUUCGUGUGUUACCAGGCGCCUUUGACAAUCUCCUUGAGUGGCCCUUUGCCCGUCGGGUCACCUUCUCCCUGUUGGAUCAGAGCGACCCGGGUCUGGCAAAGCCACAGCAUGUCACUGAGACCUUCCACCCUGAUCCAAACUGGAAGAACUUCCAAAAGCCCGGCACUUGGCGAGGCUCCCUGGAUGAGAGUUCUCUGGGCUUUGGCUACCCUAAAUUCAUCUCCCACCAGGACAUCCGAAAGCGAAAUUAUGUGCGGGAUGAUGCGGUCUUCAUCCGUGCCUCUGUCGAACUGCCCCGGAAGAUCCUCAGCUGAGAGUACAGCCUUCUGGGUCUAAGCAGGAAGGGGGGUGGGACAGGAUCUCAGCCACUGGCGGACAUGGGAGAGGGGGCCGGACCCCCUCUCGGCUUCUUUUGCCUAGGUUGUUAGCCCACCACUUUGUCCCCACCACCACUACCACCGCCACCCUUACCCCUCAGGUGCCUCCAAUUGGUGCUUCAGCCCUGGCCCCUGGGGGGAGCAGGUCUGGGGUUAUCAAGGGCUGGAAACAAGUGAUCCCAGGGCCUGUCUCCCCUCCUGGGCAGGGCAGACAUGCCUUGGUGCCAGCCACAUUCUACCUGGACUGAGGGGCCUGCUCAGGUGCUAUGUCCCAAGAGCCAUAGUGGGGGUGGGGGGGUAUUGGAAAAGGGAGGGGUAGUUAUAAGAAUCUGCCUUGAGAUGAAUUUCUCUUUCCGCUUACCCAAUGCCGCCCUCUCUGGUUAUUUAUUUCUUCAGUGCUAGGAGGGCACAGCAGGGGAACUCUGAUUUUUAAUAAAUCCUGGAUUGUAUUUAUUAACUUGAUUCCAGCCUGUCUCCUCCCAGUUGGCUAGGGUUCUGGGAGGCUGGGCUCCACAUAAGGAAGGGGUAACUGCUGCUCUGUUUGCAGCUGGACCUCUGGUGGACAACAUGGGAAUUGGCAGCGAGCGUUCUGUGGGCAUGCCACCUGCAGCUGCCCUCUGGUGGUUCAAUGGGUGGAUGCAGGGACGGCUUCUCCUAAAGCUGGCGUUUCUAGUCACUACCUCACCAAAGACAAGCGUUCUGCAUAGGCAGGUGUUGUCUUUCCCAGUAUUCACCAUGUGUAUACACACGUGCAGGCCAAAGGUCCAUGUUCAGUGUCUUACUCAGUUACUUGCCACCUCUUUGAGUCAGGAUCAAAAGCCCCAGCACUCUGAUUCCACAAGACUAGUUGGCCAAUGAGCUCCAAAGAUCUUGACUGACCAGCACUAGGGUGUUACAGGUGUGAGUAGUUGUGUCCAGUUCUUUUACAUAGGUGCUGGAAAUACAAACUCAAGUUCUUGUAUUUGUGUAAGUACUUCCACCAAGGAGACCCAUCUUUUUGUUUUUUUGUUCGAAACCAGGUUUAUCUGUGUAGUCCUAGCUGUCCUGGAACUUCCCUAUAGAUGAGACCCAUCUGCCUCUGCCUUCCAAGUGCUGGGAUUAAAGGCACACACCAAUACUGCCUGGAUUUCUGGGGCCUUUCUUGUGCUUGAGAGUCAAGUGAAACAGCUUUUAUCAUGAGAAUAAAUGGGCCUUCAUGAAGAGUUAAUGUGGCUGCAUGUGCCCGACAUUAAGAACUUAAUGUUAGUCUACUCCAGGAGCAACAAGGGCCUUCGAGAUGGACCAAGCACUUGAAUUUUACCUGUAAUCUCAUUUGCUUUUUGUACAGUUUGGAAUGGUUGCUGCCAACUAUAUACAUUUCACUGGUCAACUAAGAGCAAAAGCCAAAUUGACUCCUUCAGCUAGUCUUGGGGUAGGGUCUGGGAUUCUAUGUCCAUCUGCCCCCCCCCCCAACUACUCAAUUACAUGUCCACUGCCUGGAUUCAUGACUAGGGGCAUACAGCUCCAAUCUGGGCAUGUUUUUGCUGAAUUACUUGGGUUAUCUGCCCUUACUGGUAAAAUAAAUUUUGCAACUACUGGUUUUGGAAUCUGAUCAUAACAGGAGCCAAUGAAGAGCCUUACUCUUAGGGCCUAGACAGGAGGGUAAGGCUGUUCUGCAGAGGGAAGCCAAGAGAGAAAACAGGAGGGCUGGCUAGCUCCCCUCUAGGCUAGUAUUUUCACUAAGCCAGGUCCCAGAGGUCCCUCAUGACACCUUGCUAGACACAGCAUGGAAACUAGAGAGAACCUUGGGCUUCAGCAGAGACACGGCCAAAGUACUGUCCCAGCAUUUCAGAAACGUUUUAAGACAACUAACUGUAUGACAGAAAGCUGUCAUGGGGUUCAGACCAGGGUCUACACCAGGGCGUGAAGUGGACGCCCUGAGCACUAGCUUACCUUGAUAGGUCUGACAGUGGGCAGCCUGGCUUUCUUUGCAGAACAUUUGCCUGAAGGCAAACCACGAGAAAGGUACUCCGAAGUCCAUGUGUUUUCACACCUGCUGAUUAGCUUUCCCUGAUCCCCACACCAAAUCAAACUGUAGGCAAAGCCAAACGGUAAGAACCAAGCAGGUAAGUGCAACCUCCCCAUCCCCAUAAAAGAAUUCUGUCUAUGGAGCAAUGUGAAAGAGGGUGAGGCGCUUCCUUGUUUAGAUUACAGCAGAACUCCCUCUCACCUCUGUCAGAAGAAAUAAAUGGGAGGUUUAUAAUUUGGUGGAGACUGAUGCCCACCUCUUAGGACCAACAGCCCUUGGAGUGGAAGUACCGCAGGGCUCUAUGGGCCUCCACUGAGGCAGCAACCUCCGGCUGGGCCCCACUGAGGGCUUGACUAAACUGUCUGUAUGUACGGGUAUAACCUAAGGACGGAUUCAGUGUGGGAUGAUCAACUGGGGAGCGUUUCUGAGGGAUGAAUAGGAUAUUGCCACCACCACAGAAACAAACUAUUCCCCCUUUACUCAGGGGAACGUCACAGGCUGUCCUCAAGACAAAAACCACCUCAGGCAUUCACCACAUUAAAAUAGGACAAGGUCAAGAGGAGGUUUUCUGUUUUACUGGUUUAUAAUUGAAAAAGAAAAAUGCACCACACCCAUAACCACCACAGGUGGGGUGAGCGGUGGGGAACAAGUGCUACAGUGUGAGCGGAAAGGGGACCCAGGUACUCCCUUCGGGUGGCACGGAGUGGAGGUGAGGCCCUGGCCUGGACCCUUAUUGCUGGCUGGCUGGGGGGGGGGG